AGGAAGAAACCCAUCGUCCAUCCCUCCGCCCCUGCACCCUUGCCCAAGGACUAUGCUUUCACUUUCUUUGACCCGAAUGACCCGGCUUGCCAAGAAAUCCUCUACGACCCCAAGACCACGGUCCCGGAGCUGUUUGCCAUCAUCCGCCAGUGGGUGCCCCAGGUGCAACAUAAGAUUGAUGUCAUAGGCAGCGAGAUCCUGAAGCGCGGUUGCCACGUGAACGACCGGGAUGGCUUGACCGACAUGACGCUGCUUCAUUACGCCUGCAAAGCCGGGGCGCACGGUGUCGGUGACCCUGCUGCUGCCGUCCGCCUCUCCAACCAGCUGCUGGCCCUGGGGGUGGAUGUGACCCUGCGUAGCCGCUGGACCAACAUGAACGCGCUGCAUUACGCCGCCUACUUUGACGUGCCUGAGCUCAUCCGCAUCCUGCUCAAAGGCUCCAAGCCCAAAGUGCUCAACUCGACCUGCAGCGACUUCAACCACGGCACGGCGCUGCACAUCGCCGCCUCCAACCUGUGCCUGGGGGCUGUGAAGUGUCUGCUGGAGCACGGGGCCAACCCCGCUGUCAGGAACAGCAAAGGGCAGGUGCCGGCCGACGUGGUGCCCGACCCCAUGGACAUGACGCUGGACAAGGCCGAGGCCGCCAUGGUCGCCAAGGAGCUCAAGCAGCUGCUGCUGGACGCCGUCCCCCUGAGCUGCAACCUGCCCAAGGUCACGCUGCCCAACUACGACAACAUCCCCGGCAACCUGAUGCUCACCUCCCUGGGCCUCAAGCUGGGGGAGCGCGUGGUGGUGGACGGACAGAAGCUGGGCACCCUGCGUUUCUGUGGCACGACGGAGUUCGCGAGUGGCCAGUGGAUUGGGGUGGAGCUGGACGAGCCAGAGGGCAAGAAUGAUGGAAGCGUUGGAGGAAUACGCUACUUCAUUUGCCCUCCGAAGCAAGGGGUUUUUGCCUCUGUGUCUAAAAUCGCCAAAGCCACAGACCAGAUGCCGUCAUCGGUGACGUCCACCCCAAAAACCCCCCGCAUGGACUUCUCCCGCAUGACCGGGAAGGGCCGGAAGGACAAGAAAGGUAAGGUCAAAGCCCCGAAGUCUCCCUCCGUGGGCAGCCUGGACCGAGAAGGGCUGAAGAUCGAGAUCGGGGACCAGGUGCUGGUGGCGGGGCAGAAGCAGGGCAUCAUCCGGUUCUACGGCAAGACGGACUUUGCGCCGGGUUACUGGUUCGGCAUCGAACUCGACAAGCCCACGGGGAAACACGAUGGCUCGGUCUUCGGGGUCCGGUAUUUCAGCUGCUCCCCUAAACACGGAGUCUUUGCCCCACCUUCCAGGGUCCAGAGGAUCGGCGGCCCCAAAGACUCCCAGGGAGAUAGCAGUUCGGUGAAGAAGGUGCACCAAGUCACUAUGUCACAGCCAAAGCGCAACUUCACAGCAGUCAGGACCCCAAAAGACAUCACGUCAGAAAACUCCAUCUCUAGAUUACUCUUCUGCUGCUGGUUCCCCUGGAUGCUGCGUGCAGAGAUGCAGUCCUAA